CGGUGUUAAACAAGCUGAAGAGGAAAUGAAAGUGAGGUGCUAAGAAUACGAUUUGGCUUCCCUGAAGAGAAGGUGGCCCUGCCUGUGCAGGUAGCUGGGCAAGCAAGUCUGAUUCACAAAAGGACCUGCACCUUCUAUUAGGAGGACAAGGAGGACCAGUUUUUCACCGCUACACUCAGUGGAACGGGUUAUGCCAGUUAUGCUCGCGAAAAUUAGGACGAACUGCUGGGGCACAAAGAGGAUGAGCAGUUUCUAGCAUCUUGCUAUCCAAAGCCUGGUGGUUCCCGGACCCAGCAGCCUCAGGGUGAAGGAAUAGGCGUCUUCCGGCUGCCUGUAGAAAUGCAGAAUCACGGACUCCGCUCAGACUUUCUAAGUCAGAACCUGCAGUUUAGCAAGUUCCUCGGCGGAUGCGCGUGCACUUUCAAGUUUCGAUAGCACUGAGACUGCUUAACGAUGGAGGGGCUUGAACGGCGGAAGCGUAGGGAGAAGCCUCAAGGGGUCCCCGCGAGCGAACCGAGCAGGCUGGAGAGGAAGAAGCCUGAAGACUCGUCCCGGAGCAGCCCGGACUGAAUGGGCAAAGCUCGCCGGGACCUCAGAACAGAGGAGUGAUACCACAGGAGCGCCCGAUAGCGCCAAAAUGUCCGCAGCCACUGCCAUCCACCACCACCCCGUCCUUUGCCAUUCAUCCUGGUCCACCCUGAUUUCCCAUUCCGGGGCUUCUCCACAUUGAGUAGCCUGGUUCGAAGGACCGCGCCGGGCUCGGUUUGAUUCUGUCGAGUUCUGUUGCUUCGGCCUAGCUCGGUUGCUAAGGUGCUGACUUGAGCCUGCAGCAUCCCUUUCGACUCCAGCAGGUCAGCCCGGGUCGGAGGGCCCAGGCAGCCAAAUGGAGACGCCACCGGUCCUUCCAGUGGGAGAGAAGGAUGCUUCUCCACCGCAGCAACCGUGGGAACAGGACUCCCGGGGGAACCUUGCUUCGGCUACUCAGAUUAGGCUGCAGCCCCCAGAGCCUCCUACUCAAAGCCUUCAGCUGGGACUGAGUCCAGAUCCAGCCAGCCGGCGUCUGGAGCAUCCUCGCGGGACCCCAACACAGCUCGCCGGGCCUGAAGGAGGCUCUGAUACGUCUCGGGGAUCACCCAGCGAGGCGCCAGAGCCCCUGCGCGCUCCCGACCUCUGGCGCUGUCCCGAUGGGAGCUUUGUCAAGAAGAUCAUAACCCGCGGCCGCGGCCUGGACAAACCCAAGCUGGGCUCCCGCUGCCGGGUGCUGGCUUGCGGGUUUCCUUUAGGGUCAGGGCCUCCGGAGGGCUGGACGGAGCUCACUAUUGGCAUGGGGCCGUGGAGGGAGGAAGCUUGGGGGGAGCUUGUAGAGAAAUGCUUGGAGUCCAUGUGUCAAGGCGAGGAAGCAGAGCUUCGGCUCCCUGGGCACUCUGGGCCUCCUGCCGGACUCACGCUGGCCUCCUUCACUCCGGGCCGGGACUCCUGGCAGCUGCAGAUCAGCGAGAAGGAGGCCUUGGCGAGGGAAGAACGGGCAAGGGGCACAGAACUGUUUCGAGCCGGAAACCCUGAAGGGGCUGCCAGAUGCUACGGACGGGCCCUUCGGCUGCUGCUGACUCUCCCCCCUCCGGGUCCCCCAGAACGAACUGUUCUUCACGCCAAUCUGGCCGCGUGUCAGCUGCUGCUAGGGCAGCCCCAGCUGGCGGUCCAGAGCUGUAACAGGGUCCUGGAGCGGGAGCCUGGCCACUUAAAGGCUUUAUACCGAAGGGGGGUUGCCCAGGCUGCCCUCGGGAACCUGGAAAAAGCAUCUGCUGACCUCAAGAAGGUGCUGGCCGUAGAUCCUAAAAACCGGGCGGCCCACGAGGAGUUGGAGAAGGUGGCCAAUCGGGAGAAGAAACAGAAGGCAGGGCUGGCUCAGGGUCUGCGCAAGAUGUUUGGCUGAUUAAAAGUGAACAGAGACAGGA